UUUGAUCCCAUCUCUCUCCUCAUGCACAUAAUCGCUGCUGUUCUCCACCUUCUCUGUGGUGUUUCAAUGGAUCACUGCACAUUCAUACUGUCUGGCUUGCAUUUGGUGCUCAAACUAUCACUUCUGGUGCAGUCAAUGUCAUCGGGAGAGGCUGCCAAUAAUGCGGAUAGUGUUCCCCAGGAUAUAAGAUCAGUUGUGGAUGCUCUCUCUCUUUCCCCUGUCACAAAGGAGUUUGUUUGUUGUCCCAAGUGCUUCAGCUGCUACCCACUCGAGUCUUUCCCUGAACGAUGCACCAAUCAGGACACCCCAUCUAGCGCCAUAUGCCAGAGGCUACUGCAAAAG